AUGGCGUAUGUAGUUUUGGGUUUUGGGCGAUUUGGCCAGAGUAUGCUUAAAACCAUCAGUGAUCCAAGUGUUUUGCAACUGGUUCAGUACUGCAGUUAUCUAUACGUUCUUCAGAAGCGAGGAUUCGAUGGAUUCCAAGCCCUGCCUUACUCAGUUUAUAUCGACCCAGCAAAUCAUUCGUCCCAAGAUGUACUCUCAAUAAUCUCUUCAGGUGUAAUCGAAUGUGACAUCGCUCCACCGGUUUCUCAGCUACUCAUCAGCAUAGAGGCACAAGUGACGAUAAGGAAGGAGUCACUGUUUAUCCAGCUGUAUAUUCUGACCAUAGCCUCAUCACUACAUCGAUCUAUGCCCCUCGACCCAACAUAA